AUGCUCUUACUUUGGGUUUUCAUGGGCAUUUUUGCUGGCUAUGCCUCAACCCGGUUAUAUAAGAUGUUCAAAGGAUCAGAAUGGAAGAAAAUUGCUCUCAGGACUGCAGUCAUGUUCCCAGGGGUAGUCUCUGCCAUUUUCUUUGUCUUGAAUGCUCUCAUUUGGGGCCAGAAAUCAUCUGGGGCUGUGCCAUUUGGGACAAUGUUUGCUCUGAUAUUCUUAUGGUUUGGAAUUUCAGUCCCACUAGUGUUCGUCGGAAGCUAUAUUGGGUUCAAGAAGCCAGCAAUUGAGGACCCUGUGAAGACAAAUAAAAUUCCAAGACAGAUCCCAGAGCAGGCUUGGUACAUGAACCCAGCCUUCUCAAUUCUAAUCGGAGGAAUUCUUCCAUUUGGAGCUGUUUUCAUUGAGCUCUUCUUCAUUCUCACCUCGAUCUGGCUGAACCAGUUCUACUACAUCUUUGGUUUCCUGUUCCUCGUUUUCGCAAUCCUCAUUGUCACUUGUGCCGAAAUAACCAUCGUGCUCUGCUACUUCCAGUUGUGCAGCGAGGACUAUCUCUGGUGGUGGAGAUCAUACCUCACAUCUGGUUCCUCAGCGCUAUACCUCUUCCUCUACGCCACAUUCUACUUCUUCACGAAGCUUGAGAUAACCAAGCUGGUUUCAGGGGCAUUGUACUUCGGAUACAUGCUAAUCGCAUCGUAUGCAUUUUUCGUGCUAACGGGCACAAUUGGAUUUUAUGCAUGCCUUUGGUUCACAAGGCUUAUCUAUUCUUCAGUGAAAAUUGAUUAA